CCUCGGCUGAUGGCAGAUUUCCUUACAUUUUGUCUGAGUCUGCAGCCCCCAGGCCGCCGGCUUGCUGUAAGGUGGUCUAUCUUGGUGCAUCUCCUUCUCUGCUCUCUCCCGUGCUGGCAGCCCGUGCCGGAGGAUUGGAUCCUGUGCCUAGUCCUUUUUUAUUUUUUUUGGUUUUGAUUAUUCUUUUGUUUUCUAACGUACUAACGAGACAUUUUAAUGAACCUUUUAUUAGUUUUUACUCGUUUUAGUAUUCUAAAUAUUGUCUUUAUAAGUAUCGGUUCUAUUUCAUUUUUAAUUUCAGUUUUAGGAGAAACAUUUUGCCAAUUUUGUUUAGUCUGUUAAGUACGUUGCCUUUCUUUUCUGCAGCUUUCUUUCACUUUACUUUUGUCUAUAUUUAUUUGUUGUAUUUUUAAGUAUUAAUUUAAAGAAAAUAUCUAUUAUUGACGUUUGCAUCUGACGUCACUAGGACAAUGUAAAUCUUAAAGAAAUAAACAGAGAUGGAAAUGACGCCAGCGAGUGUUUCGCUCAGUCCUCCUGCGCGAGGAAUGGCCCGCAGCGUCGGCGCAAUUCGGCGACGGACGAAGGGAGCAGCGAGACCCGACCGCGAAGGAGAAGCUAAGUGCUCAAGUGCCUGACAUGCUCUGCUUCAGGUGUGGAUAUGAUUUUUUAAAAUUAUCUGAUUAUCGUUUGAUGAUGAACUUAGCUGGUGUUCUUCCUCUUUGUCUUUUUUUAUUUGUAGUAGGAAUCCUGAGUGAUCUUUUAGUUUUGUUUUUCUCAUUUGAGUUUCACCAGACCGUUUCAUGCAUGGAACUUUUAGGUUUCCGAAUUUUUAAAGGCAACUGUGAUGGUGUGGUGAGGCCUCCAGCCGCUUUGGAUCCUGCAUGCGGGAAUUAUGGCUAUGUUGUGGGCAUUCAGCACAUUUUCUUUUACAUCUUGUACUUUUAGGAUAUUUAAUGUAAUAGUAUUUUACGCAAUGGUCAGGCUGAACAUUGGAAAGAGAAUAGCACGCUGGAACACCCAUGUAAAUGAUUCAGUGUCCCCCACGCUGCCACUUGAGGGAAUCUGAAUCGGCAGAGGCUAACCAGGCCUUCUGCGCCUACGUCCCUCGCCAGCAUCACGAGAGGGCGACUUCAUGUACAUCGACUUGAGGACCUGGGGCGGGACCCCUGGGUUGACGGAGAUCACAGCACACAGGCAUGGUGGCCCAGCCCAACCAGGUGGCCCAGCACAGUGGAGCCCCUGGCCCACCUCCUGUCAUGGGUCCUCCUGGGCAACCAGGUCAGCCUGGACAGCCUGGGCAGCCUGGCACGCAGCCACAGAGGAAUGCCACCCAGGCUCUGCAGCAGCUCCUACAAACCUUGAAGAACCCAUCAAGCCAGCACCAGCAGUCAGAGGUCCUACAUAUACUCAAAACGCACCCUCAGCUGAUGGCAGCUUUCAUCAGACAUCGUCAGAUUCAGCAGCAGAGUCAGCAGCCCCCACAACCAAAUCCUCAGCAACCCCCUCAGCAACCCCCACAGGGACCAGGUGGCCAGCCAGGCAUGAUCGCUCCAUGUGGGAGCAUGCCUGGGACUGUGCAAGGCUCCAUGCAGCUCACAGGCAUAAGACAAGAAUCCACAGGUCAGAAGGGAGGUCAAGACUGGGAAACUGACCAUCUUCCUUGCGGCAACCGUUGACCCUCGACCCUCGCCUGCUCCUAGCCUAGGGAAGCAGCCUUCGCCCGCCCCUGCCUGGCCGAGGGAAGCACUCCUUCGGGCCGCCCCUGCCUGGCCGAGGGAAGCACUCCUUCGGGCCGCCCCCCCCUCCCCCCGCCGGCGAACCCGGGGCGGGCCAGGCUGAUCACCAGCUGACCCGGAGGAGGAGCUUGCCUGGCCUGCACUUGCCCCAAUCCAGGGCAGGGUGGAUCUGGACCUCCCCCUCCCCCUCCCGGACGGGCGUUGCCUGAGACAGGUCAGGGCAGUUCUGGACAUACUUCUCAUCACUCGAGUUCUGGGCUCAGCCGGAACAACACUCCUCGCUCCAAGCUCUUUGAUAUGUGUCAUACUCGGCGUACUGGCGUGAUAGUAUUACCUUAGUUCAUGACAUAUAUACUUGUUGUAGGACUUGUACUUUGUGCGUUAGUUCAUGACGUAUUUAUAUAUUUGCUGUAGGACUUACAAUUGUGCAUUGUAGUUGUUGACGUUAUAAUAUAUUAUAUUAAUUGUU